AUGGGACCCGAAACACUGCAUAUUGGUGGGAGAAAAUCGAAAUUGGCGGUAAUACAAUCCAACCAUGUUUUGAAACUGAUCGAAGAAAAGUAUCCAGACUACGACUGCAAAGUGUUUACUUUGCAAACCCUUGGUGAUCAGAUCCAGUUCAAGCCUUUGUACUCGUUUGGUGGUAAAGCCUUGUGGACAAAGGAGUUGGAAGACCAUCUUUAUCACGACGAUUCUUCAAAGAAACUCGACUUGAUUGUCCAUUCUUUGAAGGACAUGCCCACCGUACUACCGGAGGGAUUCGAGCUGGGGGGUAUCACGAAGCGUGUCGACCCGACGGAUUGUCUUGUCAUGCCCUUUUACUCUGCUUACAAGUCUUUAGACGAUCUUCCAGAAGGAGGCGUCGUGGGGACCUCUUCCGUGAGAAGAUCUGCCCAACUGAAAAGAAAAUAUCCACAUUUGAAGUUUGAAAGCGUUAGGGGCAAUAUUCAAACAAGAUUACAAAAACUAGACGACCCAAAGUCUCCAUAUCAAUGCAUUAUCUUGGCGUCUGCCGGGUUAAUGCGUAUGGGGCUGGAAAAUAGAAUUACGCAACGGUUCAAAUCAGAUACAAUGUAUCAUGCCGUUGGACAAGGCGCCCUGGGCAUAGAAAUUAGAAAGGGUGACACCAAGAUCAUGAAUAUUUUGAACCAAAUUUGCGAUCUGAAUGCAACUAUAUGCUGUCUAUCGGAACGUGCCCUAAUGAGGACUCUAGAAGGGGGUUGUUCCGUUCCCAUUGGCGUGGAGUCUAAAUACAACGAAGAAACAAAGAAACUGCUAUUAAAGGCCAUUGUCGUUGACGUGGAUGGUACCGAAGCCGUAGAAGACGAAAUUGAAAUGUUGAUAGAAAAUGUUAAGGAAGAUUCUAUGGCUUGCGGUAAGAACCUGGCUGAAAGAAUGAUUGCCGAUGGUGCAAAAAAAAUCUUGGAUGAAAUCAAUUUAGAAAGAAUUAAGUGA